AUGCUAUGCACCAAGAUCACCUCUGUUGCCCUCAUGGCCAUUUUCAGUACGACCUCUCUGGCCGCGGCGAUACCCAACACUAUGGACACCGCCCUUAUUCAUCAACUUGAUACCCGCGAUUGGGUCUCUAUUGACUUUCAGGGCAAGACUAUCGAGUACAACCCCGCUGCCUUCAACUCUUCCAACGAGAACGCUGAGGAAGUCUCGCCUGCUAAGCGCGACGAUAAGACCGAUUACUGCAAUGACGGCAGCUAUAGCGGCACUGAAGCCCCUUGGCCGGUCGAGAGUGAUUGUGCUACCCUGGGCGAUUGGGUGUCUCGUCAAUCCACAUCUUACUCUGUCUGGGGCAAUACCGGAGACUACCACGGCCUUCUCAGGGCUGGAUCAUGCGUUUUCGGAGCUGGUUCGAAGAACGUGCUUGGAGCCAAAAUCGGCUCAUCUGACAUCAGUGCUGCUAUUACUGAAUCCAUCAAACGACUUGCGAACAACGGUCAAGUCGGUGCCUCGGGAGAAAUGGGAUGUGAGAAUGGUUUCGGAACAUCCGCUGUUUUUUGGAAACUCCAAUACAUCAAGUGA